AUGAAGUGGUGGCAAGAUUUUGAUCCCGCGGGCAAAUCCCGCGAGGAUCUCGAGGAUUACGUGGUCUACAAACUGGUUCAAUACGCCAAUUCGGAACGAAAAGGUUGGGGACGGUUCAGAUUCCCAAGUGUCGAGUUAAGGAAGAAAACUGUUUUGGAAUGGUAUAAUAAGGAUUUCUAUAGGUGGACUGAUAAGCAUUGGGACUCGGUUGAUCCAUUUUUUGAAGAAUUGAUGAAUAAUGGUGCUGAUUAUGCCUUUAUCCCACGGGUCAAUUCCCUACCCAAUUCCCCAUAUCUAGGGGAUUGGAUCAACCAAUUGAUAUGGGCAUACAAAGAUAUAUAUGAGAGCUUCUCAAGGCCCUGGACCCCCCUUGUUUCUCGCGCCCCGGAUCCUCUUGUUUCUCGCGCUCCGGAUCCCCUUGUUUCUCGUGCUUUGGAUCCCCCGAUUUCCUGCGCUCCAUAUUCCCCGGUUUCCCACGCUUUGGAUCCUCAGAUUUCUCGUGCUUUGGACCCUCCUGUUGCUCGCGCUGCCACCACGGAAUCAACUGUCAAUCUUGUUGCUCAUACCGCAGCGGAUUCCCUAGUCCCUAUUGUUCCUUCUGCAGCGGAGUCCCCAAUUGUUGAUUCUCACGUUCCUGAGGCCUCUGGAUCCACGAAAAGCCUUGCUCCGGAGACCUACAUUGACAAUAUGGGACCCCAGGUUCGCAAAACCUUGAAAUCAGUGAAAACGCUGACCCCAGAAAUCUCGCUCGAACUGCCGCUUCCACUAUGUUUACGUGGCACGUUCAAACCACUUAUCCUACGUCCUUACACAUGGAUUCCCGUACAAGAUCGAUAUGCGGAUACAACGAGUUCCCGAGGCAAGGUCCGAAAGGACGUAUCACCGCAGGAACAAUAUGUGGCUCAACGCGCACUUGGAGCCUACAUUGCUUCUGUAUCGCAGCCUGAGGCCUCCUUUGAUCUAUCGUUCGCUGCCCAGAUCACAAAUCCAGAAAAAGACAACAUCAAGUCACUUAAUAAACGCCUCCAAUGGCAACUUGAUAAUGCUGAACGCAGAUUACGCUUUGUACGUCUAGACUUGGAUUCGCUACGCCUUGUAAUCUUUGCAGAUUCGUUCUUCGCAAACAAUAAGGAUUUCUCCUCCCAAAUUGGCUUUGUCAUUGUUCUUGCAGAUGGCGCAAAUAACGCAAAUAUUGUACAUUGGUCCUCAAUCAAGUGCAAGCGCGUCACAAGAAGCGUACUUGCUUCUGAACUUUAUGCCAUGGUUCACGGCUUCGAUUCGGCUGCGUCAAUCAAAUCAACAACAACGCAGCUUCUACAUCUCACUAAGCCCCUUCCCCUUGUUUUCUGCACUGACUCGAAGAGCCUGUACGAAUGUCUCGUCAAAUUAGGCACUACCCAAGAAAAGCGUCUAAUGAUUGACCUCAUGUGCCUCCGACAGUCAUACGAGCGCCAAGAAAUUGCAGAGAUCAAGUGGAUUGACGGUGAAAGCAAUCCAGCCGACGCCAUGACAAAGAGCAAACCAUGUCGCGCUUUACAGGCACUUAUCGACACAAAUAAGCUUAAUAUCAAUGUGGAUGGAUGGGUGGAAAGGUCUACAACACCUCCAACAAAAGCUACACCAAUCCCUUCGCUUUGUCAAUCCUGUACCGCCCGUCGUCCUAUCCCUAUUUCUUAG